UAGAAUAAUGAAAUAUUUUCAGAAGGUGGUGUGUGUGUAAUAAAGCAGAUGAAGCAGUGCGGUCUCCUGAGGCUCAGUGUGGUUUUAUUCAAAUCUUCUUCUGGUACAAAUAGUCCCAGACUCACAGAGAACUAAACUCCCGAGUCCUCAUGUCUCCGUUCUCACUCGAGGUGUGUGUCGGGGCUUGAGCGAUGGCACAGAUCUGUCCGGAGGGUCAGUUCAUGGACAGGCUGCUGCGAGAGUGUGUGUCCUGCAGCAUGAUCUGUCACGACUCUGUUCCUCCCUCACGCUGCUCUCAGUUCUGCGUGGCCUGGAGAUGUAAAGCCGUGUCCGGUCAGUUCUACGACACGCUGCUGAAGAAGUGUCUGCAGUGCUCUGAGCUGUGUGGCAGUCACCCAGAGGCCUGCGCAGACGCAUGCACGAGCACAGGGACGGUGUUCGUGACGCAGAGGCCGGAUGUCGGCGGCUCUGCAGUGCAGCUGGUCCCCGGCAGAGGGCGCUCGGUGCCCGGAUCAGCGCUGUACUCGGAGGCGCUGCUCUACUCGCUGCUAGGCCUCUGCAUCAUAGUGCUGAUGUUCACGCUGACCGCUGCUUUCCUGCUGCUGCUCAAGAGAGCCAAACACCAGCAGCUGGACACCAAGAAACAGCAGCCCAACAAACACGGACAGUCCUCCGAAGAUUCUCUGAUGGCUCGUGUGGAUGAAGUGUCUCAGGAGCGUCCGAGGGCCACAGAGACCUGCGUCUACUGCUUCUCUGAGCACACAGACCUGCUCCAGACACACAGCGAUAAGAGCCGAGCGCUCCGGAUCAUCUGCUCCCCGACACACACCAGCAUCUCAACAUAGACCUCUCACACACACACACACACACG